AACCCAUUACCUGUAGUGUUUAUUUUAGACAGCCAAUUUUUAUCAGGGGCGUCAUACUUUUCCUUCAAAGUACCUGGAGGAAAACCAAUGCGGAUACGGGAGGACAUGCAAACUCCACACAGAAAGGCCCAGGCCAGGAUUUGGGACUUUUAAUUAUUUUCAGAGGACAGCAGAGGACGGCCUUUAUUUCUGCUUUUUCACAUGUACUGUUUGUGGUACUUCUAAUUUUAAGAUUCACGCAGGGCCAGGAAAUGUGAGUCAUACUGCAUGUCACUGAAAAAAAUUAGCAUUAGCUUAGAUAGUUUUGUGCAGAAGCAAACACUUCACACUUCCAUAGAGAGGCAGUUUGGAUCAGUGCAACUGAAUCUUCUGUGUGUAUAUUCGGUUGGAAAGUUGACACUGAAAACCAUGCUGGUGUGUGUCUGGCUGGUCAGCAGUCUGAUUCACAUGAUCUCAGCGUGCGUUCUGUCUGAUUCUGAACCCAUACACAUCACUGGGUUCACAGGAGACUCAGUCGUCCUGCCCUGUGCCUGUACUGAUGUGCAGAGGAAACCAGAAUCGGUCGAAUGGACUGCAUAUCCAAGAGACCAAAGCACUGUUAUAUUUUCACAAAAUCCUCCCAGUGUCAACGAUCGCUACAAACACAGAGUGCAGGUGUUGGACUCCAUUUCCCCUGGAAACCUGUCUCUCCGUCUCUCAGAUCUCACUCUGUCAGAUGGGGGACCAUACAGAUGUAAAGCAGAUGGGAACCACAGAGACAUCAGACUCACAGUGAAAGAAGGCUGUGUUCUGUCUGAUUCUGAACCCGUACACAUCACUGGGUUCACAGGAGACUCAGUUGUCCUGCCCUGUGCCUGUACUAAUGUGCAGAGGAAACCUGAACUGGUCAAAUGGACUGUACACCCAGGAGGCCAAAGCACUGUUAUAUUUCCACAAAGUCCUCCCGGUGUCAACGAUCGCUACAAACACAGAGUGCAGGUGUUCGACUCCAUUUCCCCUGGAAACCUGUCUCUCCGUCUCUCAGAUCUCACUCUGUCAGAUGGGGGGACAUACAGGUGUGAAGCAGAUGGACAACACAGAGACAUAAGUCUCGCACUGAAAGGGUGUGUUCUGUCUGAUUCUGAACCCGUACACAUCACUAGUUUCACAGGAGACCCAGUUAUCCUGUCCUGUGCCUGUACUGAAGUGCAGAGGAAACCUGAACGCAUCAUAUGGACUGCACAUCCAGGAGGCCAAAGAAGUGUUAUAUUUUCUCAAAGUCCUCGCAGUGUCAACGAUCGUUACAAACAUAGAGUGCAGGUUUUGGACUCCAUUUCCCCAGGAAACCUGUCUCUCCGCCUUUCAGAUCUCACUCUGUCAGAUGGGGGUACAUACAGGUGUGAAGCAGAUGGAAACCACAGAGACAUUAGUCUCGCAGUUAUACAUAGAUUUGAUGAGUUGUGUUUAAAAAUGUAAAUGGGCUGUGGGAACCCUUCAAAUGACAACAUUCUAUGGGUGGGACAUAUUUGGCUGUGGUGUUGUACGUGAAUGGAAAUUUUCUGGGCCUUUCCCAGUUAUAUUGUACAAGAGUAUUGAAUAGGAGACCUACACAUUUCUAUUGAUUUUUUACCCAGAAUAAACACACAAAAAUGAGUUUUA